AUGGUCGGCCAACAGGAGUCGCUGUUCCGCUCUGCGGCGAUGAGCCUGGUCCAGCUCUAUAUCCCCUCUGAAGUCGCCCACGACACUGUGGAGGAGCUGGCCCUCUUGUCGAAUGUGCAAUUCAAAGAUGUGAGUGCCAACGCUCUGCUGCUCGCUUCGUCUGCGAUCGCUUUGCUGAUUGCCCCUCUCUCUCCCACAGCUCAACCCUGAUGUGACACCAUUCCAGCGCUCAUUCGUAUCUCAAAUCCGUCGCUUAGACGACAUGGAUCGAAUCGUCAGAUUCCUACAACAGCAGAUGACCACCGAGUCGGUGCCAGUCAGGCCUCUCGAAGCGGCGCUACCUUUUGUCAAUGGUGCGCUCGGAGCUCAGCGCGGUCCCGCGCUCGUGGAAGACUUGGCCUCCAAGCUCAAGCAGCACGAGGAUCGACUGGCCGAUAUGAACGGAAGCUACGAUCAGCUUCAGAAGCGCCUGCUGGAACUCGAAGAGGCCAGACACGUGCUCAGAGAGACUGCAGUCUUCUUUGAUCAAGCAGAAGGCCGCGGUACCGAUCACGGUCGCACCAGCACCGAUGACGCGAGCGCUCCACUCCUGGAGGACGACAUCGAAAGUCGUGCAUUUGGCCGUGGCGACAACCAGGACUAUGGCACGUUUGAUCUCGAGUGAGUAAGGCUGUCACCAGGCCACGGGGCAAGCGCAAGCGAUGGCUGAGGUCAUCUCAUCCCGUUGCUUGGGCUCUACAGAUUCGUCGCCGGUACGAUCGAGCGCUCCAAAAUGUCCACGUUUGAGCGCAUUCUUUGGCGUGUGCUGCGCGGCAAUCUGUAUAUGAAUUAUGCCGAGAUUGACCAGCCGUUCAAUGAUCCAACCAAAGAGGAUCCAGUCAGGAAGAAUGUCUUCAUCGUUUUCGCCCACGGUGCUGAGCUUCUUGCCAAAAUCCGCAAGAUUAGCGAGAGCAUGGGAGGGACCCUGUACCCUAUCGACUCGAAUGCCGACAAGCGAGAAGAGAGCCUCCGCGAGGUCACCAACCGUAUCGAAGACCUCAACUCUGUCCUUUACUCCACCAGCGCCACGCGUCGUACCGAGCUGGUCAAGAUAGCAGAAAGCCUGUCAGCUUGGGCGGAUGUCGUGAGAAAGGAGAAGCUGAUCUACUCUACGCUCAAUCUCUUCAAUUACGAUGCGCGCCGCAAGACGCUCAUUGCUGAGGGGUGGUGCCCCACCAGCGGAAUCCCUUCCAUUCAGCUGGCGCUGCGGAGAGCGACUGAAAACGCUGGAUCCAGCGUAUCCUCGGUUCUCCAAGAAUUGCAAACAAAACAAUCGCCACCCACCUACCAUUUGACGAACAAGUUUACGGAAGGCUUCCAGGCUAUCAUCGACGCGUAUGGGUACGCCACGUACCAAGAAGUCAACCCCGGACUCUUCACCGUCAUCACAUUUCCCUUCUUGUUUGCAGUCAUGUUUGGUGACAUUGGUCACGGUUUCAUCAUGUUCCUUGCAGCAGCUGUCAUGUGCUUGUACGAGCGCAAGCUGGCCAAGGCUGGUCUUGGAGAGGUGAGGAGGACACUCACGUCAGACUUUCAAAGAAUCCUUAGCUGACGAGGACGCGAAUCACUGUCAGAUCUUCGAGAUGUUCUUCUACGGUCGCUACAUCAUCCUGCUCAUGGGCAUCUUCUCUAUGUUCACCGGCCUGAUGUAUAACGAUAUUUUCAGCAAGUCGAUGCACCUCUUCCACGCAGGCUGGGAGUGGCCUCACCCCAAGUCGGACAAGCCCGGUCAGGAGUUGGAGGCCGUCAAGCUCAAUCACACAUACCCGAUCGGUCUGGAUCCGACAUGGCACGGCUCGUCGAACUCUUUGGUGUUCACCAAUUCACUCAAGAUGAAGAUGUCAAUCAUUCUUGGAGUGGCUCACAUGACGUUCGCCAUCUUGCUGCAAGUGCCCAACGCUAUUCACUUUAAGAAGCGCAGCGAUUUGUGGGCGAUCGUCCUGCCACAGAUGCUCUUCAUGCACUCUCUGUUCGGCUACCUUGUCGUCAUGAUCUUCUACAAGUGGAGCGUCGACUGGUAUGCAAGGGAUGCAACGGGCGAGCUGAUCCACGGCGGGCCUCCAGGUCUGCUCAACACGCUCAUUUACAUGUUCCUCAGCCCCGGCAACGUCGAUGCCGACAAGCAGUUGUUCACCGGUCAAGCCUUUGUCCAGACGCUCCUGCUACUGCUUGCAGCUGCAUGCGUGCCUUGGCUCUUGGUUGUGCAUCCCUACCUGGAAUACAAGGAACACCACGCCAAGCAAGGAGCCGGCUACCAGUCUGUUGCAUCAGCCGAGGACGAGGAUGAUGAGCACGGUGAUGGUGAAGGUGAAGGCGGGGACGGGCAUGGGGGUCAUGGCGAAUUCAAUCUCGGCGAAACUUUCAUCUACUCAAGCAUCCACACGAUAGAGGUGAGUUGCUUUGGUCUUUUUCUGACACAACAAGCGUUGCUGACCGACCUUGCCAUGAUCAUUUGACAGUUUUGUCUGGGCUGCAUUUCGAAUACGGCCAGUUACCUGCGUCUUUGGGCGUUGUCCCUCGCCCACGCUCAAUUGUCGGAAGUGCUGUGGACCAUGACGAUUCAGAACGUGUUUGGCAUGACUGGAAUUGUCGGGGUCAUCGCCACCGUUGCUGCAUUUGCCAUCGUGAGUGCUCAACGUCUCCCACGUUUUGACAACCUCUCCAGAAACUCAUCUUAUCGUAAUCGCACGCCGAACUGCAGUGGUUCUCACUCAGCAUUGCUGUGCUGGUCAUUAUGGAGGGCUUGUCGGCCUUCCUUCACGCUCUUCGUCUGCACUGGGUCGAGGCGAGCAGCAAGCACUACCAAGCUGCCGGAUAUCCAUUCAAGCCGCUCACAUUUGAGGAAGAGUAA